UUUCACCUUUGCUAAAAACGAAUUUCAGUUUAAAAAUUUUGAGAAAGUACUUCUCGAGAGAAAAUAUUGUAAUUGGUCUGAUGUCUUUAUUUCAGGAAAACCAGCCGACUACAAGUCAUAACAUUAAAAAGCAAAAAACUCAUCACAUGAGAGAGGAUACAUCAACUGGUCCCAACUCGAUUCGAAAUCCGGUGUUGUUACCAAAACUAACUCCAGAGAUGGAUGAAAUGAUAAAAAAUGUCGGAAUUUUGCAGGCUCAAAGACACCUAACUUACUUUUGGACAACCGAUCUUCUGCAUCGCACAGAUGGCCAACCAACGAAAACUGAUUAUUUUAAUUAUGCAGCGACAAUCGUUGCAACAUACCCAGAGUUAAGCGGUGGAGAUCGUGGUUGUGGAAUCAUGAGAAAUCAACUAAGUACGAACGUACGAAAUCGACGAGCAAAUUUGAAAAAAUCAGCCGCGAAAUUCAGCCAAAACAAGCUGAUACCAACACAAAACAAAACUCCGUCCUUGAUUGUCAAUGAACGGCAAGAUGAUGUUGACGGUAUCGAUGCGCUAAAAGAGCUUGAAAAAAAUGUUAAUCAUUUGGAUACGCCACAUGUACGUUUGCUUUUGGAAGCAUCCCUAACCAUGCGACGAAAGUGGAUAAAGAACGAGGCCAAAAGUAUAACUGAUAUAACUGAGCGAUAUCCACAAUUAAGAAUAAGCAGCUUGAUUAUAUUUGAAUUCAAGACAUUGCUAUCCAUGGAUGAAGAAGAAAUGACAGCGAAAAUUAACAGAAUGCUUGAAAAGCUUGCCGUUUACUUCUGCACAGAGUGGGCUGUAGACGAUGAAGGAUCGAAAGCACAUCUUCUUACACAACUUUGGACUAGACUCACAGCCAAAGGGGUUCAAAAAAAAGCCGCAAAAAAAUCAAACAUGCCUCUUUUUACGGUCCAAGAACACCUGAGUUCAACCACGGAUCUGAACUCUGUAGAAGAAGCUUCGCCCCGUAUGGUGCUCUACACCAAAGAUAAAACAAUUUCCACAGCAUACUUAGUUGCUGAUGCUCAGCUGCGAAUUAAAAUUCACAAUCCAUCUGUCAGUGGAGCAGUGACAUGUCUUAUUGCGAGCUAUUUUACUUGGGAUGUCGCGUACCCUCCAGCGUACGAAAAUACUUUGCAGUAUUUGGAGUCCGAGAUCAUCCGACCUGUGACCAAACUUAAACCAAGUGUUCAAAAAUUUAUGCGAGACUGCGAAAUGAAGUUCCAAGCAAACAAUUCUUCAUAAACCGCUGAAAUCUAAGUAUUUUUUUUAUAUUCAAACCUUUUUUCAGAUAAUCUUUAUAGAUUCAAUUUUUAUUUUGUCUUUUUGUUCGAAUAGAAAAG